UAUAUAUGUAUAGUAUAAUUAUUACUAUUAAAGCAUUUAUUAUUAAAUAUAAAUGCUUCAAUAAAGAUAAUGUUCAUGAAGUUUAAAAUAUUUUUUCAAUUCAAAUUUAUAUUAACGUUGACGAGAUAAAAAGAAAAAACCGAAGCUACAAUUUCCUUAAAAAAAUAAAUGUCAAGGAUUCAAAAUUAGGUGAAGGUAAACAAGCAAGUAUUUUAUCUUGCUUAGAGACAGAUUCGAUCAGUUUCGUUAUUACGUGGUUCUCGUAAAGAUCAUAACAUUUAUAUAUUUGAUAUAUAAAUUUUAUUUGAUGUAGUUAAUAACUACGAUAAUAAAUCGAAAUUUACAAAAUAAUAAUAAGUUUUAGAUUUCUUUUUAAAAAAUUAUUUUUGUGCUUUAAAUUUAUGAUAGUAUUUAAUGAUUAUUCAAAAGUGAGUUGAAAUUACAUAAAAAAAUUUGAAAAAAGAUAAAAUAAAUCCUAAAAGAACUAUGUCUGUUGCGUAUACCUCAAAACUUUUAACUGAAGCUGCAGGUGUAAAAAUUUAUAUGACAGAAGAACAUACAUCAAUUGAUACAAUUACAGGAAAAAUUUGUCUAAUAUUAAAAAAUAUAAAAGAAGCUAAAGCACUUGGUAAAUCUUGCGGAUUUCAUUUAACGAAAUCGAAAUGGGAUCCUUAUCCAUGGAUAAAUCAUAUUGAAGUCGACAGUCUUGCCGAUAUAGCAGGGCUUAGAGUUGGUGAUUGUUUAAUUAGUAUUGACGGAAAAGAUUUAUUAGGAUUAAAAAUAAAACAAAUAGCGGAAUUGAUCCAUCAUUAUCAAGAAUGUAAUUUAAAAUUGUCUAUUUGGAGAUUUAUCGAAGAAGAAAAAGAAAAAGAGACAGGUAUAGCUGUGAAAGGACCAUUACCAGAAGUAGCUUGCAAACUUGCAAAUGCAUUAGCUGGAGUGAUACGAGUUUUAGAAUGUCCAAUUUGUCUCGAAAGUUCAUUAUCUCCAGUCUCUCAAUGUGUUCACGGUCAUAUCAUUUGUGUUGGAUGUAGAUCAAGGACAUCUCGUUGUCCAAUUUGUAGAGUUAGAUUAGGUCAAGGGAGAUGUUUGCUUGCGGAUAAACUUAAUAAGAUAUUUCGGGAUAUUUUUGAUAUUAAAGAUAAUUUAUACAAUAAAGCAGAAUGUCAUACAAAAAAUCUUCGAGAUCAUCUUUUUGGAAAAAAUAAAAAGAAAGAAUUAACGCAAGUAGCAGGAAAAACUAAUAGUAUAAAUUCGAAAACGUAUCAACUAUUAUUAAAUAAAUUAUUUCGUGGUGGAUUGGAAAAAGCUGCUUCAGCAGAUAAUUUAACAGUAGUUUCUAAUGAAAAAUCAAAAGCAAAUGUUGCAUUUAUAAAUCUAAAUAUUGACGAACGUUUAAGUUUAUAUGAUCGAACGAAAUCUGCAAGUACUGGAGAAUUAUCAAAAGAAACGAUAAAGAAUAUUGGUAAUAAUCAUUUAAAAAUUAAUGCACCAAAUGUAUCAGUAUCAAGUAAUAACAGUUUAAUGUCCAAUAUAUCUACUACACCAAUUUGGAGAGACUCUAUAGAUUCUAUAUCCUGUACUGAAAUAAUAUGUCCGCUUUUAAAGCAAAGUGGAUGUAAAAAUAUUAUUACAUCUGAUGCAGUAUUAGAACAUUUGAGUGAAAUUCACGAAAUACCACAAGUUCAUUUUUAUUCUAUUUGUGCAAAACUUCCAAUACCUCUUCCAUUUGGUUCAGAAGCUGUUUAUAUAUUACACUAUGGUGAAGAUCUUUUUUUCUUUCAGUAUGAAGAUGAAAUUGUUUGGAUUACUAGUACUAUAGGAAGAAAAACAUCAUGGAAAUGGAUUUUGUAUGGUCAAGGAGAAAAUGGUACUGAAAUAAAAAUAUGCAGAAAUGUUGCUAGUCUAAUAACUCCUUUGGUAUUAUCAUCACAACACACUGCACCAUUGCCAAAUGCUUUGUUAUUACACACAUUAAAUAUACAGUUAAUAGAAUGUCUCUCACAUGAACAAUUAGAAAUAUAAAAAAAUAUAUAAAUUUUAAAAAGUAA